UACCAUUUGAUCCAAUGUUUAGAUGAGACCAAACGAGAGCGUGAUUUCUACCGCCGCAGAGGACUGCCGUACCCGAAGGCCAACGACAAGGACAAGGUGUGCGACAAAGACGUCUACACUUUCCCAACAAACGCAGUCACCAAAGAGGACAACAGUGACUGUCAUCGCAGUGACGAACAGGUGAACAUUCUUCUGGAGACGAACCCAACCAAUCACAUGAAGUCCAUGAAACGCAAAUUCAUCCGAUGCUCAGCUCAGGCAACGGUGACUCAUCUGAAGAAAUUUGUGGCCAAAAAGUUGUUCAAUAACUUAGACCGAUAUAAAGAGGUGGAGAUCUUGUGUAACGAAGAGAUCUUAGGAAAGGAUCACACCUUAAAGUUUGUUUGUGUCACGCGUUGGAGAUUCAAAGUA